AUGUUCGGCGUCAUCGUAUCCGGUCGUCCCGUCUAUACCGAGUCUCAACCCGUCACUCCCACCUCCGUAGCCUUCGCUCUCCCCGCCGCUCCCGCUUUCAGCCAUAUAGUCGUCUUCCUCCUCCCCGGAGCCGCCUUACCACCAGAAACCGGUGCAGCAGUCUAUAUCCAACUGCCUGGCAGCACAGACUUCAGGCUGCUCGGCGCCAUCGCGAACGAGAAACAGAGCGCCAUCUUCAAGAUAAACAACACGGGGGCAAGCCUCAAUGCCGGCCCCGACGACGCGAUGACAGAUGAGGGCGCCCCUUCCACUGGGGCAGGCGGGAGUAUAACGCUAGGCAUCUCGGUCGAGCCCGCCGCCCAGAUCGCCACGGCGUUGGCGAGUCUCAAGGCGCCUGCCCAACCGACUACGGGGCAGGAGCUGGCGCGACCUCAAGCGCAAUUUGGCGCGGCUGUAUCGCCGGUCACGACGAAGAUCCUGGCGCAGAGGAUCAUCCGGAAUGCGUUUAAUUUCCUCGCCAGCUUUGGAAGCGAGACGGUGCCGUUGAAGGCGUUUCAGGAAUGGUGGAAGAAGUUUGAGGCGAAAGUGGAGCGGGACCCGGGGUUUCUCGAGAGGGAUGAGUAG